AUGGCAAGCAAGCAAUCUUGUGUGACAAAUUUACAGGAUAAAGUAAUAUUGCCAGACAUCAUUUGGGAAUUAGUGUCUAAAAAUGAAAAGGACCUUUUCCAUGCUGGUUUUCUUCAUAAUUAGUUCCAAACUUCAGAGUGACCACAGCUGCCAAGCAAGACCAAUUGCAGAUGCUUUAUUUAGAGUAACUCAUAUGUUUCUCAGCUAAAUUAAAAGAAAGCAAACCAGGCAUUUUGGGAACUGCUGAAAGGGGAACUGGAAUGUUUAAUGAUUACUUCCUCAUAAGCCAUGCCCACAAGAGAGAUGCUCUUUAUUCAUGGAGCUGCUCUCCUGAGGAUGAGAGGGAUCAUGCUUUCCUCCCUCUGCUUACUGAUGCACCUGCUUCAGGAGAACAUAGCUACAAUUUUAGUUUUGGAAAACCAAGACCUGCAAGAUUCAAUUAAGCCGCAGAAGGUAGAGUUUCAUUCAUUAAACUUCAACAACACUUUGCAUUGGCAGCCUGGGAGGGCCAGAGAUGCAAGAGACACAGUCUACUUUGUGCAGUAUAAAGUGUAUGGGCAGAGCACAUGGCAAAACAAAGCUGACUGCUGGGGGAUUCAAAACCGUGUCUGUGACCUAACAAAUGAGACCUCUGACAUCCAAGAGCCUUACUAUGGCAGAGUGAAAGCUGCAUUGGCUGGCAUUUAUUCCAACUGGAGCCUCAGCUGCAGAUUCACUCCCUGGAGAGAAACUGUGAUAGGACCUCCGACGAUAGCUGUGGCUCAUAGCAGCAAAUCCAUAAUACUAAAGCUCCAGGCUCCACGUUCUCCUUAUAAAAGGAAGAGAGGCAGCAAGAUACCAAUGACAAAUUAUUAUGAUCUGUUAUAUCAAGUCUUUGUAAUUAACAACUUGAUAGACAAGCAACACAAGGUCCUGGUGUAUGAAGGAAAACACAGGAUCAUUAAAAUAGAAGAUUUGAGGCCUGGAGUCAGCUACUGCAUCAUGGCUAAAACAUACGUGCCAAUGCUGGACCGCAGCAGUGCCUACAGCAGCAAGCAGUGCACCAUGCUGCAGUGACAAGAUUAACACCUCUGCGACAGAUACAAGGGUAACAGCAGAAGAUGCCUCCCAUCACAGAUCCAGCUGUAAAUCAACAUCUUUAGUCCAUGCCUGGAAUACGUACUCGGUUCCUUUUUAAAUUAACCUUUGUUGCAUUAAAGGAUUUGAUCAUCACAAUCAUUUUAUGCUACAAAAAGGCGCAGGUUUUUUGUAUGCCCUAUAUUACAAUUUACAUAGUAUACAUUUGUAUUUACCAAGGAAACAGUCUUGCAAUAUUUUAAAAAAUAUGGAAAAAGCAGUUGUGAAAGUAUUCUGAAGAUUGUUCCUAGGGAUUUUCUGUUCUAAGCCUUGGAAUCAAAAUACAAUUUAUAAAAUACAA